CCCACGCGACUGACGGACGUCUUGAGGCCGCGCCCUCUCUCGGCGCUCUGGACCAGGCUAAACCGUAGCGAGCUUGGUGCCCGCCCCGCCGCCUGCGUGCGGAACUCGCCUCCAGCCUCCCGCGCUACUCCCUGCCUCCGAGCGGGCGGGACCCUGAGACGCUUGCCUUUGAGUGGAAGGCGGGAGAAUGGCGGAUUCCUCAGCGCGGGACGCAGGGAAGCCUGCAGCUGCUGGUGCUGGAGCUGUGCCCAAGACAAAGGGAAGGAGAGCGCAAGGAGGAAGAGUGGUAGAGUCGCGCUACCUGCAAUAUGACAAGAAAGCAAAAAAGGUUUCUGUAGCAGCCAAAGGAGAGAAGCCACCUGAGGGAAGGAAGGCCAGCACAGUGCCUAGGAGCAGAGAUGAGAGCCAACUGAUGGGGACAGGCAACCUGCAGUCCACCAUGCUGGAAGGGCGUGGCAUGAACCUACCAGACCUAGACCUCUCCGCCAUCGAUGACAAAGUCUUGUCCAGGAAGGCUUCCAGGCCAGACAGCGACAUGACAGACAAAGCUAAGUCCACAUCCUUUGUCAGCUGUGACAAAAAAAGGACACUUCAAAAGAAGAGACGGGAUCUGCAGGAGACCAUGGACAUGAUGGAGUCACAGACGCUGCUGAUGACCCUGCUGUCUGUGAAGAUGGAGAACAACCUGGCUCUGCUGGAGGAGAAGGCAGAGAAAGACUUGGCAGCCAUGUUCCGUGAGAAGGAGAGGCUGCAGAGGCAGGCACUGGAGCUGCGGCGCCAGCUGCUUCUCCGACAGAAACAGCAGGAGCUGGCCGCUGCCCUUGAUGCCCAGAUUGAAGUGCUGAGCCCUCUUCAGCCUGUGUUAGAGCGCUUCAAAGAGGAGUACAAGACCCUGGGCAGAGCCCUGGACACCACGCGACAUGAGCUUCCCGUGCAGGCGGUCCACACGGAAGGAAGUGGGCAGGGGCUCCUAGAUGAUCUGGAGCCAGCCCUGAGGACCACUGUGCAGCUCCUGGGUGAUCUGAGCAUCUGCUCCCCAGAUACCAGCGCACAGGUGCAGGGAGCCAGCGCACAGCUGGAUUAUCUGCUGAAGGAACUGAAGGCCUUGGUCACUGAGAAAGACCUGGAGCUGCACAGACUUGUCAGCGAGGUGGUGGAACUUUCCUCCCAGACCAGUAAGGAAGCAGCUUUGACAAACCAGGAAGUCUGGGAAGAGGCAGAGGGCACCGUCACCAGCAGCCAGUGGUACUUCAGUCCACAUGCCUGCAGGGACCACAGUCCUUCUCAGGACAGGAAGGAUUACUGCACGCCUGAUCCUCGAUCGCCGGGGGGAAGCCUGUCCUGCCUGAGUAUUUCCUCGCUGCCUUUUCUGCUCAUUUAUGUUUCUUUGUGCCUCCUCCUCGUGGACUGGAGGAAGUUUGGUGAUCCAGUAUUUUGAAAAACUUGUGCACUUUGGUUUUAGUUUGCUUUGGUUUUGUCUUGAUGGUGCCAUUGAGGUGGGAAGAAGCAGCAGUCUUGGCGGCCCCGUCCCUUGGGUUUGGGUCCUAGACUGAGUGAAGACAGCAAGCAGAGUGCAGUGUGAUGGAGUUGAUGUUUCCGCUGCUACCUGUGUGUGACCAGUUAAGCAGCAUCCUAGACUCCCACAAUGAUGGGUGCUGGUCCUGGGACUGGGAACCAAGUUAGCCCUUCUCCCCCCAGGAUUCUUCUGUUAGGGUGUGUUGUCAUCACAGCAGGAAUGGCCACUAGGGCAGAGUGGUGGAAAAGACCAAGUGUUGUGCCCAGUUCUUAGGAAGCCCAGGAGACUGCCAGAAAUUGUGAUACCUGUGUAAUAAACAAAGAGUUUUUAUUUAACAA